UUUCUGUCUCCCGAGGUCUGUUCAGGUCCAGGACUCAGUGUUUAUUGCCUCUUUUUUAGCUCACCCGUUGCCUCCUCGGAAGGAAACUUGGCCGAGGGGAACAAGAGUCUUUCUUUUCCACGCCGCUGCGAACUGGGGGGGGGUCGGUGGCAGAAAUUCUGAUAAAAACAGCCGUUUUUGGCUCCUAAGAAACACAAAAUGAGCGGGGAGAAGAGACCUUUCUGCCGUGCAGCGGGGCGGGCUCUGCAACGCACCAAUCACCGCGCGGCUCCGCUCUAUAAAUACGAGGCUGCCGACUUGCUCCAGGCCCAGUGAUUUCUCCUGGAUCGUGGACGACGGCUGACACAAUGUCGGAGACCGCGCCUGUUGCCGCUCCCGCAGUCUCUGCGCCCGGUGCCAAGGCCGCCGCCAAGAAGCCGAAGAAGGCGGCGAGUGGCUCCAAAGCCCGCAAGCCCGCGGGGCCCAGCGUCACCGAGCUGAUCACCAAGGCCGUGUCCGCCUCCAAGGAGCGCAAGGGGCUCUCUCUCGCCGCGCUCAAGAAGGCGCUGGCCGCCGGCGGCUACGAUGUGGAGAAGAACAACAGCCGCAUCAAGCUGGGGCUCAAGAGCCUCGUCAGCAAGGGCACCCUGGUGCAGACCAAGGGCACCGGCGCCUCCGGCUCCUUCAAGCUGAAUAAGAAGCCGGGUGAGACAAAAGAAAAAGCAACGAAGAAAAAGCCGGCUGCCAAGCCUAAGAAGCCGGCGGCUAAGAAGCCCGCCAGCGCCGCCAAGAAGCCCAAGAAGGCGGCGGCGGUGAAGAAGAGCCCCAAGAAGGCCAAGAAGCCGGCAGCCGCCGCAGCUAAGAAGGCAGCCAAGAGCCCCAAGAAAGCCGCAAAGGCCGGCCGCCCUAAGAAGGCAGUGAAAAGCCCGGCUAAGGCCAAAGCGGUGAAGCCCAAAGCAGCCAAGCCUAAGGCAGCCAAGCCCAAAGCAGCCAAGGCAAAGAAGGCGGCGCCCAAAAAGAAGUGAAGAUGACUGAGAAAAAUUGAGUCCACUCAUUUAAAUAAACCCAAAGGCUCUUUUAAGAGCCACCCA